CUCUCUCUCUCUCUCUGCAGGCGCACACGCUCCUUCCCCAGCCCCGUCGCUUCUUUCCCUGUCCUCUCUCUCCCUCUCUCUCUUCGGGCAUUGGACGCCCACGAUUAGUCCACGUCGUCAUCGUCGUCGCCAACGUCGUCUUCCACCUUGUUACUCCUCCUGCUAUUUAUUGGCCUCUUCAUCUUUUCUUUAUUUAUCUUCUUCUUCUUCUUCUUUCUGCUUUUUAUUUCUUCUUUCCUUGGCCCUAGGGUUGGGGCUAGGGUUAGGGUUUGCGAUUCUUCGCUUGGCCGCUGGGUUCUGCAGAGAGCCUGCCGUUCAUGGUGCGGAGGCGGGGACGGAUCGUUUGUUCCUUCACGAGAUUAAUUGGUCUUGGGAGGAUGUCGCUUACGAGAGCGAUUUGAGUUCGAUUGGUAAGCGGGAGUCUUGCUCCUUUCCUUCGGGGAGAAAAGUGGGAAUCUCGGUUUUAAUGGCGAUUGUCAAGGUUGCCAAGGGCUCUCAGUUAUAUGCGGAGUUUGCUUCUUCCUGUCGCGAUUGCAUCCCCAGUGACGUUGAUGAUGCCCACACUGGAACGGAUGAGGAGGAGGAUGCUGAUUCUGGUUUAGGGUCUGAUUGCGUUGAUUCAGUCGAAUUGGAGCAGGAUGUUGGAGAGUUUUGCCAAGUAGGGGAUCAGAAGUUUUUGGUGCCCUUGGAGGUAUACGAGCUGCCAGAUUUGAGGGAUAUACUUUCUAUCGAUACGUGGAAUGAUUGCUUAACGGAGGAUGAACGAUUUGCUCUGUCUGAAUUCCUUCCCGAUAUGGAGCAGGAUACAUUUUGGAGGACCUUGAAAGAGUUGUUUUCUGGGGCUAUUUUUCAUUUUGGUAGUCCCCUUGAUGAUCUCUUUGGACAGAUGAAGGGAGGCCUCCUCGAACCUGGAGUAUCUCUUUACAAAGAGGCCUUCAAUUUCUUGGAGAGGAGGAAACAUUACUACUUUCUGCACAAGUAUCAGAACUCUUUGGUCAGUAAACUUUUGCAGAUUAAAGAAACUUGGUCGAGCUGCGCUGGAUAUGGCAUUGAAGAGCGGCUUCGUCUUUUGAACAUUAUGAGAAGUCAGAAAGUAUUGAUGCAGGAAAAUGAUGAAGAGAUGCUCACCUUACAGUCAGAAACAGAGUCACUGGAUAGAGAGGAACCGACUGAUUGCCUAACAUCGAGUGCGUGGAGUAAAACACACAAGGCUAAGCGUCUUUAUGCAGGUCAAUCAAAUACUGACAGAAACUUGUUAGGAACCGGGCAUCGAGGUAAACCAUCCAUUGAAUUUUCAUCUCAAGUGUCGGGACAGUUUAUUGAAUCAGUUAAGCAUGGAAAGCAGAACCCAAAAGGAAUUCUCAAAGUUGUGCAAAAGAACCUGGCAAACAAGGAGUCUAUUGAAUCUGGUGGGUACCCAUCCUCUGUGAUGGACCGUGUUCAGUCAGUGGAUAUGAAGUUCAGACCACGGAGUUCUCGUUUGGCUCCUGCCCAAAUUGACCAAUCUGUUGGUUACGAAGCAGUGACAGGUAGGAGGGCUAGAAGUCAAAUCAGUGUAGAUGAUCCAGAUGAAUGGGAUUAUCAAGUUCCUGGACAAGCAUACCACAAUGCUGGGAAAGGGAGUGCAGUAUCAAGUACUAGGUUUCUAAAACAAGGAAAGAAGGAGUCUUUGAGGAAGCUUGGUGCUGAAGUAGAUCGGAUCAGCCCCCCAGAAAACGAGUGGCCAAAUGACCAGGGCUGUAGAGGUGGUUCUAAAGGUGUCAUUCGGCUACAGUUAUCAUCAAAAGGCAAAAAUAUGCAUAAUGACACUUUGAUGCCACAUCUUGACAGGAGUUACGCUUUGUAUUCAAGGGAUGCACGCAAAAAGGUUAGGCAUACUGAAAAGCAAAAGAAGCCCUUGCUGGAAUAUCAGAUGGACCCUAUGAAGGAUAUGAUUCAACAAGUCGGACAGGUUAAAAUGCAUGGUGAUAUGAAUUAUGGAGGGAAAGGAAGUCGCAAUGACUGGGUUUCAGGGAGUCCACCUUUUCAGCAGUUCCCUGGAGAUGAUGUCAACAGAAUCCAGGCAGAUGACUUGGUAUUUGACCAUCCUCUGAACUUCAAUGAGCGUGGAGUUAAGAAAAACAAGAAACUGAAGAUGGGAAAUAAUCAAGUAAGCAAAGUGAAUAGUAAUUUUGACUUGAAGAAAAAAUCUUCUAAUCGAUUUACUCAACUGCUGAAUGAUACUGAAGAACAGGCUUCCAGAGGUUCUCUUCCAUACCUCAGUUCUGGCCAAGGAGCUAGAACCUUCUGGAACAUAAACAAAAAGAAGCAUGAAGGGAAUGGGGAGCGCUACAUUGACGACCUCAAUGGUACAACGGCAAGUGAUGAUGACACAGACUCAAGUUCAUCUAAGCAUUUUGAUGAUGAAGUGGAGACCAAUAUUGACUUGAAAAGAAUGGGUUAUGACAGUCAUUUGCCGGGUGUCCGACUUGCCCCUGCCAGAUUAGACAGUGAUCCUGCAAAAAAAUCCAAGUUAAUGGGGAAGGUGAGGAAGGAGUCCCUUCAGGUUCAUGGUGGAGUAGCCAACUCCUCUUUACUGGAGGAGAAUCCCAAUGAAAGGUCACAGGUGCCAAAGCUAAACAUUUAUUCUUCAAGGCGAAAGCAGAAGGGCAAGGCUGAUAAAAAACUUUGGAGCGGCUCAAAUGAUGCAAAUUACUAUCACGACCCUUCUUCACAUGGAAUGUUAGAUGACUAUAAUAGUGCUGGCAUGUUGGCUAAUGAUAGUAAAGAAACUCUUGCAUCAACAAGAAAUGGUCAAAUGCAACCUACGCUUGAAGCAUUGAAUGAUGUGCACAAGGUCUUCAUUGCAGAUAAAAAGCGUAAAACAAAAAAUAAUAAAAAGCAUUUGAGUGGUCCAUCACGAACUGAUUUCCAGCAUAGUUAUGAAAGUGGUAAUAUGGAGGAAGAUGAUUCUUAUGGACAGUCAAGGUCAGCCAAACUUCUGAAGAGACAUCAAAAGGGCAAAAUUGAGGACCUUGAUUAUGGUUCGCACAGCCCUUUAAACCAUGAGAGCUUGCAGAUGCCAUUAUUUGACAAUGAGCCAGUAAAGAAGAAGGGUAAGGUUGAAACAAAAUAUCUGAAGAACAGAAAUGAGCCAGAUGUCGUGAACGAUGAACUUACCACAAUCAGUUCACUGCACCAGGUGGAAGAUGCCGUCAUUCCAAAGAAGCGAGGGAAGAAGACAAUAGGUGGUGAAACUGGUCCUGUACGUGUGGUAUCUCCUGAACGAAGCAUGUCAGAAAAAAGGAUCACAAAAGAUGAAUAUGAGGCAAAGCUGCCUAAGAAGUCAUCUAAUCUUAUCAAACCUUCAGUUCUUACUGGUUUUUCAUUUUCCAUUAUACAUAUGCUUUCUGCUGUUCGUGCAGCACUGGUUAUUGGUGCUGAAGAAUCUAAUAAGAAUGGUAUUGCUGGGAGACAGAAAACAGAGGAGGAAGAUCAAGGAAAGUCCGAUGGAUUUGGCCCUGACAUGAGUAUUACUGAAGUUUCUGGACAAAGGAAUUUGCCUUCACUAUCAGUUCAAGAGAUUGUUAACCGUGUGAGGCUGAAACCUGGUGAUCCUUCCAUUUUGAAAACUCAGGAGCCACUUCAAGAGCUGGUUAGGGGAGUAUUAAAAAUAUUUUCAUCCAAGACAGCACCCUUAGGGGCAAAAGGAUGGAAGCCACUUGCCUUAUAUGAAAGAGCUUCAAAGAGCUGGUCAUGGGUUGGUCCUCCUAUGCUCCAUGAAUCCACUGAAGUGGAAACUUCACCUGAAGCUUGGGGAAUUUCUCAUAAGAUGCUUGUGAAAUUGGUUGAUUCAUAUGCAAGCUGGUUAAAAAAUGGACAGGAGACCUUGCGGCAGCUUGGAAGUCUGCCUGCUCCACCAGCCAAUCUGUUGCCUUAUCUGGAUGAGAAAGAAAGAUUUAGGGACUUGAGGGCACAGAAGAGUUUGACAACUAUCAGUCCAAGCUCUGAUGAAGCAAGGGCAUACUUCCGUAAGGAGGAAUACUUGAGAUAUACAGUUCCUGACAGGGCGUUUGCCUACACUGCUGCAGAUGGCCGUAAGUCUGUUGUUGCUCCACUUAGAAGGUGUGGUGGCAAGCCUACAUCUAAAGCGCGUGAUCAUUUUAUGCUUAAACCUGACCGACCACCACAUGUAACAAUUUUGUGCUUAGUUAGAGAUGCAGCUGCAAGGCUGCCUGGAAGUAUUGGCACCAGAGCUGAUGUUUGCACUCUUCUAAGGGACUCACAGUAUAUUGUAGAAGAUGUAUCUGAUGCUCAGGUGAACCAGGUUGUGAGCGGUGCAUUGGAUCGUCUGCACUAUGAGCGAGAUCCCUGUGUACAGUUUGAUGGUGAGAGAAAAUUGUGGGUUUAUUUGCACCGAGAAAGAGAAGAUGAAGAUUUUGAGGAUGAUGGAACUUCCUCUACAAAAAAGUGGAAAAGGCAGAAGAAAGAAGGUAUAGAGUCCACUGAAGUGGGAACAGUAGCAGAUGUAGGCAUCAAUGGAUCAGCUGAUCAGAUUGCAAGUGGCUCGGCUGCUGGAUAUGAAUUGUCUCCUGACAUAAAUAUAGAGUCAUCACCAGUCUACUCAGGUUGCAAAGACGAACUUGUUUAUAACGAUUUAAGGCCUCAUGUGGAGGAAAAUGUUCUGCCAUUUAUAGACGUGCAACAAUCUAUGGAUUCUUCACCUGGAAGCUUGCACCAGAAUCAUCGUAUGGGUUGGGAGGUUCUUGGUCCAGACUCUUGUCACUGAGAUUCCAUACAGAGUAGCAUUCAACAGAGUGUUCUUCGAUAAGCUGGUUGAUGAAUUUUUGUGAGGAAAGCGGCUGGUCUUUGACCAUGACAUAGCACCUAAUGCAGUACGGUCCAGGGGCUUCCUGUUCGCCGCAAAGCCAAGCUUCAUAUGUAUAUUGCCGCCAGGUCGUUCUACUUGUACAUUCCUUUACGGCGAAAUUGUAAAAAUAGUGAAGUGGGGAACCUAUAGAGGCCACCUUUUUUCCGUCAUUUUUUUAAAUCACUGUAUCAUGUGUUACGAUGCGAAUGCUAAAAAUCAUGAUGGAAGAGGAAGCCACGUGCUUGUCGAAGGUGAUUAUCCUCAAGAAGAUAAAAUUUAAAGUA